AGACGUCAGACCUCUCCAUCAUUCACUCUCUCAGGACUCACCGGACCUCUCUUUCCAUCUCUUUCUCUCUCUCCGGGAUCAUGGAUCUUUUCAGCCUGCUGAUCGUCGUCUCUCUCGUAGCCCACAGCGGAGCCUUCGACCUGGGCCAGACGACUCGCUGCGUCCCGGUUCCCCAUCAGAUGAGCGUUUGUCAGGAUGUGCCGUAUUCUGAAAUGAGGCUGCCCAACCUGUUGGGUCACAGCAGUCUUGAAGAAGCGGUUCCUCGUUCUGAAGAAUGGAGAACUUUGCUUCAUACCGGCUGCCACCCGCAGGCCAGGACUUUCGUUUGCUCAUUGAUCGCUCCUGUGUGCUUGGACAGGUUUAUUCAGCCGUGUCGUAGCGUGUGCAGGGCCGUACGGGACAGCUGUGCCCCUGUGUUGGCCUGUCAUGGACACGCUUGGCCCGAAGCUUUGGAUUGCGAUCGGUUUCCCGAGCAGGACGAUACGUGCCUGACACCUCUGCCCAAACAUAUCAGCGCUUUCUCCAAAGAAUUUCCUCAGCCUGCCUGUCAAAACUGUCCGUCUGUAGAGGAGGUGCCUUCACUAAAAAGAGUGAUGGAUGCCCUGUGUCUCAGUGAUUUUGCUGUGAAAGCCAAGAUCUCUCGCCGUCGUCUGCCCUCCUCGGAUCCAGAGCUGAUGGUGGAGGGACACGUGGAGUUUAUCCAGCGAGGUCCACUGCUCCCUUACGACACCGCCAGCCUCCUUCAACGCUGGCUCCUCAUCAACCUCAGAUGUGCUCAUGAUCUGGUCCGACCCGGUCGCGCUCAGCUCUACCUCAUCACAGGAACCAUGCGCCCGAACGGAUCCAUCGAGCUUUCCAGCCUCUUCCCCUGGCUCAAAAAAGACCUCCAUAUUACUGUCGCCACACGCAAAUGGAAACACCACAAGUGCUAGAAGCGAGAGUAAACAAGAGACUUUUAUAGACCUGAAAUAAUGGAGAUGUUUUUAAAUAGGUAGAAAUGAAUGAACUCUCUACCGCCCUCUUCUGGUAGGGCGCGUAACUGUUGUCAUUCCCACGGCUCUUUGAUCUCACUGACUUGAGAUGCACUCAAAAUGAUGUACAUAGAGAGUUAAAUAAUUGUAAAGAAUAAUAUUUUCUAUCUCAGAUGUAAACGUAUAUAUGUCUGUUUUCAUUGUUUGUGUGCUGUAAAUAAUAAAUGUGUUUCUAAACUGAAUGUUUGCCUAUGUUUUUUAAGCCUACUAUUGUAUAAGUGUAAAUUUGUGUUUGCAUUAGAUAUUAAUAUCAUUCUAGCUUCAAUAUAAUCAUCUACUUGUAGCUCGUAGUCUCGCUCAAAUCUUUCUCUAAAUAUAAGCUUGACUGUAGUUGAAUUAUUUAGUGCAUCAGUGAUCUGAAACGCCUGGCAGCGAGAUUUUAUUCUGUGUCUCAGGUUCUUCAUUACAUCCACACAGAUGCAGACAGGAGGGGUCGAGCUGAAAAGAUUCGGUCCUGCCCCGGGUUUCCCUGCAUUGUGCCGUCUAAUUCAUCGAGCCUGGCCCAUCAUUCAGUGCAUGA